CGUAAAGUCCCGCCCAGGGCGAAGUGGCGUCGAUUUAGAGAGUCCCGAUAAUGUGAUAAUCCCCCAUUGGGAGAUCUUCGACUUUCGACUUGGAAGUCUGGCGUUCGAGGAUUCAGGAACACACCAUUAUCUCUAUCACUCUGGGAUGAACCACACAGGCGGGACGAUGCUGAAGCGUCAGACAUUUAUCUAUGUUCCCAUUGGCUGUUUGUUGAUGACGCGUUGUACGGAAAUACAAGGAGACAUUCUGUGACAGCCAAGCGUCAGUCGGUUGUAAAAAGGUAUGCAGCUAUAUACAGCUAUAAAUAGAUAUAUACAGGAUGUGGGUGGUGUCCAGUGUUUCCCCUGGAAGGUCCUCCCAUCUGUUGACUGUGGCUUUUCUCAUUCUGCUGCGAUCCUAUCAGAUCGUCCAGGGCCAUGUAGAAAAGUCUUCUUCAGCCCUCAUCGUGGUGGAGGAGGGAGGUGAUGAAGAGGCCACAGUAGGGGAUGAGUUCAGUGAUGAAGAGGAUCUGGAAGUGUUUCAGCCCACUGACCACUGGCAGACCCUAAAACCCGGUCAGGCAGUGCCAAGAGGCUCCCAUGUGAGGCUGAACCUCCAGACCGGACACAGAGAGGUCCGCCUGGGGGCGGAGCAGAUGAGAGGGGAGGAGCAGAGGAGGGACCGGCCCCAUGAAGCAAGCCAGUCCUACUGGAGUGCUGAAGAGCUGAAACUGAAACUGAAGAAGAUGAAGGACUCUUCCCCAAGGAGUGGAGCUGCAUACCAACAAGAUCAGAACAAGUUUCGCUCAAUUGAGGAUUUGAGGAAAGACCUGGCAACACUGAACCUGCUUGUUGAAACCGACUUUCAGGUUAUUAAACGGCUGCUGGACCAAUUGAACCGGACCAGCAGCACCGAGCAGAGACUUCAGAUCCUGCUGGAACUGGAGUAUCUGGUGCAUCAGGUGGAUAAUGCCCAGACGCUGUGCUCCAUGGGGGGACUACAGCUCCUUCUAGGAGGUCUCAACAGCUCUGACUUCAGGCUGCAGGACCGCUCCGCGUUCGUCCUGGGAUCUGCAUUGGCCAGUAACCCUACAGUUCAGGUGGAGGCAAUGGAGAGAGGAGGCCUCCAGAAGCUGUUGACAUUACUUGGUACACAGCGGCCCCUCAGUGUCAAAAAGAAGGCUUUGUUUGCGCUCGCAUCCCUGUUACGUCACUUCCCCUUUGCCCAGAGCCACUUCCUCUCCCAUGGGGGGCUGCAGGUGCUGUCAGAGGUGUUCAGAGAAGACCAGGGAGGAUCUGUCAGGGUCCGCAUCGUCACCCUGCUGUAUGACCUGAUCACUGAGGAGGAGCUGCACUCCAAGGUGUCCACAGACGAGUCACCGGACCGCCUGGGCCCGCGUUCCAAGGGGUCCCUGGACCCGCAUUCCAAGGGGUCCCCGGACCAGUGUUCCAAGGGGUCCCUGGACCAGUGUUCCAAGGGGUCCCUGCGUGCCGGACUGCAGGAGGGCCGCUGGUGCAGCCUUGUUCCAGAGCUGCUGGACUCUGCUGAACAUGACUGGAGAGAGAAGGGUCUCCAGACCAUGCUGGCCAUGGUCCCAGUGUGUCUGGACCAGUACCGUCGCCAUGGCUCCCUUCCUGUCUCUCUGGGCUCUCUGAAGGCUCAGUAUCGGGACCUGGUUCACCAGGAGCAGGCACUGGGGGAUGACGAAGGGUACUUUAGGGAGAUUCUGGACCUGUUGCACACCCUUGAACUCAAAAUGAAGUGAUGGUGCAUAGGUAUACAAAAUAUAUCAACCGUACCUUGAAGACCUGGAUGGAUGGAGGAAGGCUCUAGCCAGUGCCAAAGUAGGGUACAGACUUUGUGGAGGUCAAGAGGCCCUCCACAUCAUCCAGCACAAUGUGUUUGUUGUAAAUGCAAACGGCUAUCACAAACACGAUUAUUGGAUAUGGAAUGUGUGUUCAACAGUCUCUCCACAACAAGCUGUUGUUGAAAUCCAUCCCAACAACUUUGUGCCAGACAAGUUAAAGGCUGUAACAAUAA